UUCUUAAGCGUCACUACCAACCAACUAAAAGAAAACCAAACCAAAACAUUUAAAUCGUCAACUUGGUGACUUGAUAACUAUUACAAAUACCGACACACGGAGCCACACCUCGUCAUCUUAUUCUGUUUUCGGCUUCUCCCUUUAGGGGUCGCCACAGCGGAUUACAUCACCAUAUGUCAUCAUGGUAUUUAUGGCAUGUUUCCUUGCAGGAGCAGCAGUCACCAGGACUGUUCGGAGACUCAUUGAGUACUUCCUCCCUGUUCGAGAGAGAGACAGAGGUGAGAAACAUUUUGUGGCCUCAGUUUCUGCAGAACUACCCAAUUUUGAUGCUUUCACCAAAGAGGCAGAGGUUAGGCUGAGGGCCGCUGCCAAGCCAGAGCAUGAGGCAGUGGACAACACAGAGGUCAAAAAUGCGCCACCGCAAGCCACCUGUGUGUGGGCAGCCAUGGCCAACUCUGCAGUUCAAGAGGACCCUUAUAUUCCAACAGUGCUGUUCAACACCAUAGCUCAAGUCCCUGCAGUCAUGUUCAGUGCUGCAUCUCAGGAGGGAACCAGUGUCCCAGAAGUCAUGGUCAGUUCUGCAGUAAGAGAAGAGGCCUUCAUCUUAGUUGAAACCACAGCAGAAGACCCUCGUGUUCCCUCAACCAUGUACAUCAUUGUAAAACAAGAAGACAUCCGUGUUCCCACGGUCAUGUUCGACAACAGAACCUCACCUUACUCUGAACCUCAAGAGGGAAUUGGUGGUCCUGUCUUCAGGGCAGACUCUGCAGCAAGAAAAGACAGCUUUCUUCCUGUAGUCCCGGUUGACGGGGCAGCACAAGAAAACUCCUGGUUUUCCUCAUCAAUGACUGACAUUAUAGAACAAGAGGACACCCAUGUUCCGACAGUUGUGUUCAAUGCUGCAGCACAAGAAGUCCCUGCAGUUGUGUUUCACUCUGCAGCUCAAGAGGAAAUUGAUGGUCCCGUAGUCAGCUUGGAUUCUGAAGCAAGAAAAGACAACCAUCCUCCCGUCGCCCUGGUUGAUGUUGCAGCACAAGAAGACCCCUGGUUUCCCUCAGAAAUUACUUACAUUGUAGAACAAGAGGACACCCAUGAUCCCAUAGUUGUGUUUACUGCCGCAACACAAAAAGUCCCUGCAGUUGUGUUUGACUCUGCAGCUCCAGAGGAAAUUGAUGGUCCUGAAGUCAGGGUACAUUUCGAAGCAAAAAAAGACAACUAUCCUCGGGUUGUCCUUGUUGAUGUUGCAGCACAGGGAGAUCCCUGGGUUCCCUCGUCAAUGAAUGACACUUUAGAACAAGAGGACACCCAUGUUCCCAUAGUUGUCUUUACUGCCGCAACAAAAGAAGUCUCUGCAGUUGUGUUUGACUCUGCAGCUCAAGAGGAAAUUGGUGGCCAUAUGUUUGGAGACUCUGAUGCAAGAAAAGACAAUUAUCUUCCUGUAGUUCUGGUUGAUGCCGCAGCACAAGAAGACCUCUGGGUUUCCUCAGGAAUGAACGACACUAUGGAACAAGAGGACAUCCAUGAUCCCAUUGUUGUGUUUACUGCCGCAACACAAGAAGUCCCUGCAGUUGUUUUUGACUCUGCAGCUCAAGAGGAAAUUGGUGGCCACAUAGCCGGGGUAGACUCUGCAGCAAGAAAAGACAACGAUCUUCCUGUUAUCUUGGUUGAUGUAGCAGCACAAGAAGACCCCUUGGUUUCCUCGGCAAUGAACAACACUUUACAACAAGAGGAUACCUGUGUUCUUAGAGUCAUGCUCAGUGCCACAGCGCAAGAGGCCCCUGCAUUUGCAUUUGGUUUUGCAGCUCAAGAGGAAAUCUGUGUCCCUGUAGCCAUUGUUGAUGGCAAAACACUAGAAGACACCUGCUUUCCUGAAGCCAUUUAUGAUGCAGUAGCACAAGAAUACACCCAUUGUCCCACAAUCAUGUUUGAUGCUUCAGCACAAGAAGAACCUACAAUUGUGUUACAAGCUGUGUCUCGAGAGCACACUGGCAUCCCUGUAAUUGUGAUUGAUGCCGCAGCCCAAGAAGACCCUACUGUUCCUUCAGCCAUGUACAGCAUUGUAGAACAAGAGGAGACCUGUUUUCUUACAGCCAUGUUCAAUGCCAAAGCCCAAGAAGCCCCUGCAGUCACGUUUGACUCUGCAGCUCAAGAGGAAACCAAUGUCCCUGUUGUCAUUGUUGAUGCCAAAGCACUAGAAGACUCUUGCUUUUCCAAAGCUGUGUAUGAGGCGGUAGCACAAGAAGCCACCAAGGUUACAGUUGUGGUUGAUGCCACAGCUCAAGAAGAACCUGCAAUUGUGUUAGAAGCUGCAUCUCAGGAGCACAGUGUUGUCCCCAUAAUUGUGUUCAGUGCUGCAGUACAAGAAGAUACCUGUUUUCCUGAAGCUCUGUACGAUGCAGUAGUACAAGUGCACACUUGUGUUCCAACAGCUGUGGUUGAUGCUGCAUCUGAAGAGCACACUGGUGUCCAUGUAGUUGUCACAACAGAACAAGGAGACACCUGUGUUACCAAAGCAGCUCAAGAGCACAUUGGUGUCCCUUUAGUCAUGGUUGAUGCUUCAGCAAAAAAACAACACAAAACUGUGUUUGACACCGCAGCACAAGAAGAUCCCACAAUUAAUUAUGAAGCCGCAACGCAAGAAAAAAUAGUUGUCCCCAUAGUUGUGGUUGACACCUGUUUACCCUCCACUGAUUAUGGAGCAGUAGCAAAAGGAGACACGCAUAUUCCCAAAUUAGUGGUCAGUACAGCAGCUUAUGAGCUCAUGGCCGACAUCACAGCACUAGAAGACACAUGUUUUCCCAAAACCAUGUAUUAUGCAUUAGCACAAGAAGACAAUUGUGUUCCCACAGACGUAUUAGAUGCCACAGCACAAGAAGACCCUGCAAUUGUGUUUGAAUCUGCAUCUCAAGAGCAUGCUGGUGUCCCCGUUGUCGUGAUCAAUGCCGCAGCACAACUUGACCCUGCAAUUGUGUUCAAAGCUGCAUCUGGAGAACACAUUGGUGUACCCGCAGCCAUGGACAUUACAACGGCACAAAAAGACACCUGGGCUCCAAAACUAGUGGUCAGUACAGUAGCUCAAGUGCACACUGGUGUCACUGUAGCCAUGAUUGAUGCCACAACACAAAAAGACCCCUGUGUUCCCUCAGCUAUGCACAAUGUGAUAGAACAGGAGGACGACUGUGUCAUGAUCAACGGCACAGCACAAGAAGUUGCCCAGAAUGUUUUCAACUCUGCAACUCUAAAGGAAACUGGGGUCACUGUCGACACCACAUAUCAAGAAAAUACCUGUGCUCCCACAGUCUUAGUUGAUGGAACAGCAGAAGACCCCUGUGUUUCCUCAAACAUGUAUAACAUUGUACAACAACACAACACCUGUCUUCCUACAGUCGUCUUUGAAGCUGUAGUUCAAGAAGAUCCUGCAAUUGUGUUUGAAGCUGCAUCUGAGGAGCGUACCAGUGUCCCUGUAGUUGUAAUCGAGGCCGCAGCUCAAGAAGACACCUGUAUUUCCAAAGCUAUGUGUGAUGCAAAGGCAGAAGAGGAUACAUCUUUUUUUUUUUUUUUUGAUGGCGCAAAACAGGAUCCCUGUGUUUCUGCAGCCAUGUGUGAUGCCAGUGCACAAGAGGACACUCAUGUGCUGUUCAACAUCACAGCAACAGCAGGGGAGAGCAAAUGUAGCACUAAUGAGGAAGAGGACUUAACGCAAUCAGAUUUGUCCAGGUACCGAUCUGGAUCCAGUGGCGAGUAUGACAUCAGAGUUGAGUUUAGGUCCAGUGAUGACUCCAAAGACCAGUAUGGCUCCAGUGAUGACUAUGAAGACCAGUGUGACCCCGGUGAUGACUUCGGAGACCAGUAUGACUCCAGUGAUGAGUGCAACUGCAGUGACCAUUAUGACUCCAGUAAUAAGUACGACUCUGGUGAUCAGUAUGACGCUAGUGAUGAGUACAACUCUGGCGACCAGUGUGAGUUCUACGAUGAGUCCAAAGUGCAACUUCAGGGACAAAAGCAAGAACCUUCCUAGAAUUAGGAGCAGUCUGCGGUCAGUGAGCAGUGCAAGGAGAACAACUCCAGAGUGAUUGUCAGUGCCUUAAUGACAGGAGCAUUACCCUAAUUGUUGUUUGAUGGUAGAAGGAACACAGAGCACCCAGAGAAAACCCACUCCAACCCGGAGAGAACGAGCACAGUUGAAUCAAGGACCUGGGAUGAACCUGCUGAAAUAUGUUCUACCUUUAAGUGGCACCUCCAUAGUAGAUAAGGUUAACCUCCCUCUGUCUACAUUAUAUACCACAGUCCUUCAAAGUAGCUGUUAUUAAACAACUGCUGAAACUCUCGAUCCAGGGAUUUUAGCUAAUUGGAGACCCAUAUCCAACCUCCCCCUUCUGCCCAAGAACCUCAAGAAAACUGUCGCCAAUCAGUUGUGUGAUAGUGGACUUUUCUCUCUCCUUGUCUUAUUAGACCUCAGUGCUACGUUUGACCCGACUGAUCAUCUGAUUCUUUUUACAGAGACUGGAGAAAGCCAUUUGAACUGAAGAAUGGUAAAUCAUCAUUGACCUUUGUUUUUCUGCUCUGUUGCUGUCUGACAAACUGCUGCCAUGUCCUCUCCAUUGUUUGUUCAUUAAUUUGUAAAUUAUAUGCAUGUAUAGUCUUUUGGAGACUAUUGUAAUUGAGUUACCCUUUGAGACAAAUAAAGCAUUAAGUUGGUUUAA